AAAUGCCUGGUGAAGCCACAGAGACCGUCCCUGCUACAGAGCAGGAGUUGCCACAGCCUCAGGCUGAGACAGCUGUGCUUCCCAUGUCUUCAGCCUUGAAUGUUACCGCUGCUGUAGUGCAGCCUGGACCUCCCCCUCCUUGCUCCCCAGCCCCCCAGCAAAGCCCUCUAGUAACUGCUAAUCAGCCUUCCCCGGCCCCUUCCCCUAGCAUUUCCUCAGCCCCUUUCGAGCUUCCUUUUCCCCGGCAGUCUCCUGAGACAACUGCACCCCUGGGAGCUGCCCCCCCCACCCCAGCUUUCCUGCCGCACCUGAUGAUAGGGCCCCCCAUCUCCCCUGCUGCCUUGGCUUUGGCCUCUCCCACCAUAGGUCCAGCUCAGAAAGGUGCCCGGUCCUCUCCAGCCCCCGUGUCUCUGGUUGCCGUGGCUCCCCGCUCAGUUCAGAAGGGUCCUAUAUCUCCACCUCACCCUCCCACCUCACCUUCGCCAAUUGCUGUAGCCGCUGAGCCAGGGCCAUGGGCAUCUCUUGCUCCUUUCGAACCAAAGGCCUCUGCUAGUCAAGUUCCCUCUGAGGUAAUCCUGAAUCUGAAGGGUGCUGCCCCGAGUCCUCCAAAUGUGGUCAGUGUUUCUCCUGCCCCCCUUGAGACCCCCCUUGAGGCCCCCCUUGAGGCCCCCCUUGAGGCCCCCCUGGCCUCCGUCCCACCUGUUCCUCAAAUGCUGUCCAUCACUCCAGCCAUCACUUCUCCAAUCAAAGGCACCCCCAUUUCCUCAGCUCUGGCGCCACAGAGUAUAAGCUUUAACCUAAAGAGACCUGUUAGUUCACCUGCUCAAAACACUGUAGCUCCUAGCACCCUCCCGGCGCCCCCUGCUUCUCCGGGCUUGCCUCUUCCACCUUUACAUCACAGUUCUUUGGAUUCUCCUACCCAACCUCUACGUCAGUCAGGUCCUGGUGCUCUGUCAGAUCCUACAGUGAGUAACACCAUUUCUGUAGGUCCUUCUGCUGUUGAGGCAUCCUGUCUAUCUGAGAGAUCUGCAUUUCCUCCCCUUCCUUCCUUCCAGGCAGGACUCCUUCCUUCCAGGCAGGAGCUGGUUGCUGAUUCUCUGGCAGCUCUUUCAGUGGGGGCUCCAGCUUCUGCCCUAGCUCCAUCUAUUGACCACAGCACCUCUGCUGUUACUGGUAUAAUCUGCGGCCCUCCUGGCUCCUCAGAUACAGCUGCUUCAUUGUCUCCUAGCGCCUCUCUCGUUCCCAAAGAUUCUUCUAAUGCCACUCAGCAGCCUGUGCUAACACAGAUUCCUGCUUCUCAAAAAACUGGCUUAAAAGAAACUCCUGUCUCAUGUGUUGGAGCGGUCCCGCCUGCUCCGGAUAACCCUUCUGCCAUUUCUGAUGCACCUGCCACUUCCACGUCUCCUCCAGUUCCUUCAGGUCCUGUGGGUAGUAGAGACCUCGCUUCCCCCGCUGUCUCACAUGGAGUGCCUGCUGCUCUGGGAGUACCUGUUCCUCCUCUGCUGGCCACUGAAGGCCUUAAAAAUCUCAUCCCCAAUUCUGUACUGGUAGGUGCCCCUGGCUCUGCAGCCCAGGCAGGACUCCCUACCAGAAGAGACCCCGCUCUACUACCCUUGGCUCUGACAGCACAUAAAGAGUCUCCUCCUCCAAGUGCAUCAUCUUUGGGGGUACCUUCAGAAGACACUGUAACAAAGAUUGUGGAAGGUUCUGCCCUUGGAGUGAGGGCAGCCCUGAGUGCUGACUCCCCAACUGCUGUUGUCAAAACAGACCCUGUCAGUCUGUCUGUCAAGCGUCCUGUCGCUGCCCCAGCAGUGGCUCCAUUUCUUUUAGAAUCUUCUGAUCCUGAAGAGCUGGCUCCUAAAACUGCCAAAGGUACCUCUGCUUCUAAAGCAUCCACUACUACCACUCCACCUCUGGUUCCUUUAGCUUCUGAAGGUUGUCCUAUGGCUCCAUCUAUGGCUUGUCCCCCGACAAAUGUUUCUGCUUCUAUGACCACUUUGGCAUUCGCCCCUGAAUUUCCCAAGUCUGUACCCUUUCCUGCUCCUCCCCCAGCUGGAAUUUCUUUUUCUGGUGCAAAGACAGUUGAUGGUGUUUCCUCUAAGUCAUCUUUGGCCUCCUCUCCUGAAGGGCACCCAGGAGACUCGAGUGCUUCUGUGUCUUUGAAAGGCACUCUGGUGUAUCCAGCUGAUUCCCCAUCUUUAGAGACUGGUAUGUCUCCUCAGACUAAAAAGCCAUCGUCUAAGAAGGGUUCUGCUAUCCCAGAUGUUUCUCCUGCAAACCUGUCGUCUCUUUCUCCAUCUGAGCCUUCCUUCCUUCCUGGGGCUAGUCUUUCUUUUCAAGGCCCUAAAGACUCACUUAAGCUUUCUCCUGUUUCUCCAUCUUCCAAAGGGGCCCCUGUGGAGACUUCUACAUCCCCCCAAAAGGUCCCAGCAACCUCGUUCUUCAAAGAUGCCCCCACAGUUCCAGCAGAAAUUCUUCCUUCCCCCCCAAAGACCACAGAAGCUACAGCUUCCAAACUGGUCUCAGUAAUCCAGCCCCCCAAAGUGGCCCCUGUUGUACCAGAUGUGACUCCCACCUCUUCCAAAAAGACACCAGCCCCCAAAGAUACUUCAGCAGCCCUGUUGCUCCAAAGUGUCCCAGCUGUGACUUCUUCGUCUCCCCCAAAGGCCCCUGUGGCCCCACCUCCUACUGGAACCCCUAUUGCUCCAACUGAGACUCCCCCUUCCCUCAAUGCCCCAAUAACCGCAACCCCCAAAGAAGCUCUAGCAACCUCAUCUCCCAAAGUUGCCACUGCUAUCCCAGAUAUGACUUCUCCCUCCCCACAAAAGACUCCAAAAUCAGCAUCCCCUAAGGAAGCCUCAGCUAUGCCCUCCAAAAAGGCACCAGAAAGUGUAGCUUCCAAAGUGUCAGCACCCCAGUUCCCCAGAGAGGCCCCACCUGCACCAGCUGUGGCUCCUCCCUCCCCACCAAAGUCUCCAGCAACUGAAGCAUCCAGUGAGGCUCUAACAAGCCCAUCCUCCAAAGGUACCCCUCCUGCCUUAGCUGAGGGCCCUACCUCUAAAAGGGCUCUCGAAACUGCAGCCCCCAAAGAAACUCCACCUGAAGGGGUCACAGCUACGCCACUAGAGAUUUCACCCUCCCCAAAAAAGACCUCGAAAACUGUAGCUCCCCGUGAAAAUUCAGCCUCAUCCAAAGGGUCCCCUAAGAUUGCAGCCCCCAAAGAAACUCCAACCCCUUCAGGCAGGGUCACCACUGUGGCACUGGAGAUUUCUCCCCCCAAAACUGGAGCCCCAAAAGAAGUUCCUGUGACCCCAUCUCUCAAAGGUGAACCUGCGACUCUAGCUCAGAGUCCUGCCUCCUCUAAAAAGGCUUCCAAAACUACGGCCCCCAAAGAAACUCCAGCAGCCCCAUCUGUAGGCAUCACAGCUGUGCCACUAGAGAUUUCUUCAUCCCCAAAAAAAUCCUCAAAAACUGAAGCCCCCAAGGAAAAUUCAGCAACUCCAUCCCAAAAAAAGUCCACAAAAACUGCAGCCCCAAAAGAAAUUUCAACCGCACCUUCUGAAGGGUUCACUGCUGCUCCAUUGGAGACUGUUCCUUCCCCCAAGAAGGCCCACAAAACUGCAACCCAGAAACAGGGGUCUGGGACCCCAUCUCCCAUAGGUGCCCCUAAUAAUCCAGCUCAGAGUCCUACCUCCCCUAAAAAGGCCCCUAAAACUGCAGCCCCCAAAGAAACCCCAGCAGCCCCAUCUCUAGAAGGCGUCACAGCCGUGCCGGUGGAGAUUCCUCCCUCCUCUAAGAAGGCCCCCAAGACUGCAGCCCCCAAAGAGAAUUCAGCAAUGUCAUCCCCUAAAAAGGCUCCUAAAACUGAACCCUCCAAAGAAACUCCAACCCCAUCUGCUGAAGGCGUCACAGCCGUGCUGGUGGAGAUUCCUCCCUCCCCCAAGAAGGCCCCCAAGACUGCAGCCCCCAAAGAAAACUCAGCAACGUCGUCCCCUAAAAAGGCUCCUAAAACUGCACCCUCCAAAGAAACCCCAGCAGCCCCAUCUCCUGAAGUUGUCACAGCUGUGCCGGUGGAGAUUCCUCCCUCCCCCAAGAAGGCUCCCAAGACUGCAGCCCCCAAAGAGAAUUCAGCAAUGUCAUCUCCCAAAAGGCCGCCCAAAACUGCAGCUCCCAAAGAAGCUCCAACAACCCCAUCUCUCGAAGGGGUCACAGCUGUGCCACUAGAGAUUUCUCCAUCCUCCAAAAAGACCUCAAAAACUGCAGCCCCCAAAGGAGCUUCAACUCCAUCUUCUGAAGGGGUCACAAAUGCAACACAGGAGAUUCCUCCUUCCCCCGCUACUGAAGCCCCCAAACAGGCUCCUGUUACUCCACCUCCCAAAGGUGCCCCUGCUACCCUAGCUGAGAGUCCUGCCUCCCCUAAAAAAGCUCCCAAAACUGUAGUCCCCAAAGAAACCUCAGCAAUUCCAUCCUCCCAAAGGGCUCCCAAAACGGCAGCCCCCAAAGAAACCUCAGCGACGUCAUCCCCCCAAAGGGCCUCCAAAGCAGCAGCCCCAUCUUCUAAAGGAGUCACAGUUGCAUCACUGGAGACUCCUUCCCCCAGAAAGACCCCUAAGAUGUCAGGACCCAAAGAAACACCUACAGUCCCACCUCCCGAAGGGGUUACAGCUGGGCCACUAGAGAUCCCUUCAUCUCCCAGAAAGGCCCCCAAAAUGGCAGGCCCUAAAGAAAUUCCAGCAAAACCAUCUCCCCAAGGAGUCACAGCUGUACCACUGGAGAUUUCUCCUUCCUCCAAAAAGACUUCAAAAACUGCAGCCCCCAAAGAAAAUGCAGCAAUAUCGUGCCCAAAAAAGUCCCCCAAAGCUGCAGCACCCGAAGAAACUUCAACCCAAUCUCUUGAAGGGGUCACUAGUACUCCACUGGAGACUGCUCCCUUUUCCCAAAAGGCCCCUAAGAUGGCAGGACCCAAAGAAACAUCAGCAGUAUCUCCUGAAGGGGUCACCAUUGUACCACAGGAAAACCCUCCCACCCCACAGAAGGCCUCAGCCACUGCAGCCUCCAGAGCCAUCCCUGCUGACACACAGGGGGUUGCUGUCUCCCCCAGGGAGACUCCAGUAACCACGGCUGCUCCCCCAGUCAAGAACCCUUCCUCCCAUAAAAAGGCCCCGGUGCCUGUAGCUCUUGAAGAAGCUCCAGCAGCCCUGUCUUCCUCAAAGAGUCCAAAAACACCAUCAUCCAAAAAGGCACCAAAGAAUUCAGCCCCCAGAGAGUUCCCGGCAAGCCCCUCCCUUGAAGUUGCCCCCACUUCACUGCCAGAGAGAGCUCCCUUUCCGCAAAAGGCCCCAGCAGCUGUGGUCCCCAAGGAGAAGUCAACAGCCCAGUCCAUCACCCCUGUCUCCACAAAGGCCCCAGCAGCCCUGUCUCCUGGAGGUGCUUCCACUGCCCUAGCUGUGGCUUCCCUUUCCCCAAGUCCCCCAGGGAAGGUCUCUUCCUUCACUAAGACUCCAGCUCCCACAUCUCCUGAAGGGGCCCCCGAUGUCCCAUCUCCUCCAAAGGCUCCAGCAACCGAGACUAACAAAGAGAUUUCAACAACUCUGUCUCCCAAAGGGGCCCCUACUAUCUCUUCUGUGGGUCCUGUCUCCCCCAGAGAGGUAUCAGCAGCAUCCUCAUCUUGCCCCAAGGAGACCUCAGAAACUUCAGCCUCCAAAGGAGUUCUUGCCCCCACCGUUAAUGCUCCUUCAGCUCCAAAAAAAGCCCCAUCCUCCAAAGAGGUUCCCAUUCUCUCAACCAUCACUUCUUCUUUCCCCAAAGACUCCCCUACUUCCCCAGCCUCUGUCACACGUAGCACAGGGACUGUUGACCCUCAGGCAUCUGAAAAGCUCCCAGCAAAGAAAGACCCUACAGCUCUCAAAGAGGUACUUGCUGCACCUGCUCCAGAAAGUGCUCUGGUCUGCACUGCUCCCCUGCAGAAAGGCCUAAGAGCCAAGAAGAAUUCUGCUUCCCCUAAGUGCUCAGAUCCCUCUGCUAAGAAAGAUACAAAGGGCCUCCUUUCUACAGUAGCCCCAGCCCCUCUGACAGUCCCUGUGGAGAAAGACUCUUCAAAGACUACAAAAGCUCUGCCUGUUGUCCCUGCCAAAGACAGUGAUUGUCUCCACUCCCCAAAGAGUCCUGUGGAUGCUUCUCCUGAGUCUCAGAUCACCCCCCCUCUGGCAGCAGUUACUUCUGACAAAGCCCUUCCUGAAGCUGGGUCAGCAGCAUCUGUGGCUCCAAAGCCUACCGCACCAGCCUCUCUGACUCCUGCUCCCUCCCCAGUCCCCCCUCUGCUUCCUAAACAGCCAUUUCUUCAGUCCUCACCUGGGUCAGUGCUGGAAUCACCCUCUAAGCUCCCAGCCCCUGCUGAGGAGGAUGAGCUGCCGCCUCUGAUUCCCCCGGAAGCAGUCUCGGGGGGAGUGCCUUUCCAGCCGGUCCUCGUCAACAUGCCCACCCCUAAACCUGCUGGGAUCCCUGCCCCAGCCCCCUCUGCCAAGCAGCCUGUUCUGAAGAACAACAAGGGGUCAGGAACAGAAUCCGACAGUGAUGAGUCAGUACCAGAGCUGGAGGAACAGGACUCCACACAGACAACCACACAACAAGCCCAGCUGGCUGCCGCAGCAGAAAUCGAUGAAGAACCUGUCAGUAAAGCCAAACAGAGUCGGAGCGAGAAGAAGGCGAGGAAGGCUAUGUCCAAACUGGGCCUUCGACAGGUUACUGGGGUCACUAGAGUCACUAUCCGGAAAUCUAAAAAUAUCCUCUUUGUCAUCACAAAACCAGAUGUCUACAAGAGCCCAGCUUCAGACACCUACAUAGUUUUUGGAGAAGCUAAGAUUGAAGAUUUGUCUCAGCAAGCACAGUUAGCAGCUGCUGAGAAAUUCAAAGUUCAAGGUGAAGCAGUUUCAAACAUUCAGGAAAAUACUCAGACUCCAACUGUACAGGAGGAGAGUGAGGAGGAAGAGGUUGACGAAACAGGUGUGGAGGUGAAGGACAUAGAAUUGGUCAUGUCACAAGCAAAUGUGUCACGAGCAAAGGCAGUCCGAGCCCUGAAAAACAACAGUAAUGAUAUUGUAAAUGCUAUUAUGGAAUUAACAAUGUAACUAUUUGACAGCAAGGACACUUCCAUUCUCCGCCUCCUCUCCUCCCUUUUUUGGUGUUUCGAAAGUGGAACUACAGCUUGGUUUGAAAUUUGUACUGUUUCUAUCACUAAUAAAGCUAUGGCUUCUUGUUGGAUGAA